AUGGCUGAGCGGAGGCACAGAGCAGCUUCGGCACCCGGCCUCGGGGCCGCUGAGAGGGAAGAUUCCGGGGGACCUUACACCGCGUGCACACGUGAAACCCGCCCAGGGCACUCCGGCGGCUCCCGCCUCGCAGCUGGGGAGAGAGGAGCCGUCACGGUGGGCGGGCUGGACCCGCCUUCUCCGCCGCGGCCGCCCAGUGCGGGGCGGGCUCAGCCGCCAGCCUCCCCGAGCGGCGGAGGCGAAAGGGCGAGGCGCGCGUCAGUCAACAGACGGCGCCAAUGGGCGCGCGCGCUGCCCGCAGCGCCCGCCCCGCAUCGGAUUCCCGGCGCGCGCGUAGCCUUCCCCCAGGCCGCCGAGGCGGCGCCCGCCCGCCCGCGCUUCCAUCCGGGUUCUGGCGCGCUGCUCUCCGGGCGCGGCGGCGGAGGGGAAGGCCGGGCUCUUCCCGCGGCGGCGGCAGGAGGCCUUCUCCGCGAGCCUGAGGGAACCAGGAUUACAAAGGAGAAGGGCUUCCUGUGGUGCUCACCUGGGAUUACUUUCAACAUUCGCCCUGGAUGUCCUCUUCACUGUGGGAUGAGCAUGGAUAUCUACCAGUUCAUGGUUUUGAGACAGCUUUACUGAGGCCUGGAGACAUCUCUUUAUAAUUUGGUUAUUAAUUGCAUGAGGACUAACAUCCUUAUUACUCCAAAUAGGUAGAAUUUGAAGAACUGGUAUAUUUUGUGAGACAACUUAAAAAUGACUGGAGAGUGAUACUCCCUUAAAGUUGGUCUUUGCCAGUGGCAAAAGGCAUGACCAGGAAUUUGCUUCUGUUUUAAUUCAGACAGGGUCAAUGGAGAUGCUAACCAAAAGUAGGAAGCAUGUGGCCUGAAUAUGGGACAAGCUUUACAUUUAUUUUUUUCAAUUGAUAGAUCACAAGCAAGAUUUAUAUCUAUUGUCAGGUAAUUUUCUGGUUAAAAGAGGCCAUUUUAUGAGACUUGAUGUUUUCAUUUUGAUGAUUGUUUUAAAUAAAAGUGACUCUAAUAAUCAGUUGCCCAAGUGUUAGAUUAUUGGUUUUUUUAUCCUCAUGCAAUUGGAUUAAUUUUUAAUUUUGUAACUGAAUUUUUUUAAUCAGUAUCUUUUUGGCUUUUGCCAAGAACUUUUAAGAGCAUCAGUGAAAAGAAUUCCAAUUGGUUGAAUUUCAAACAACUUAAAGGCCCGAUUUAACAUGUGCUUGAAGCAUCUGCCACGUAGAAGACCAGCAAGAAUGAAAUGGGUUCCUAGGAAGAGGUAGUAGGUUGCAUAGUUUUAGGGCAGGGAUUUUGCCCACAAGGAGGUAACUAUACGACCUGCUGCCUUUCUUAGGGCCUUAUUAUGCCACCGUACCAUUUCCUUUCUACCUUGCUUUGGUGUAAGCAAGAGUUCUUCUGCGGUGCUCUCGUAAGUGGAAACAUUGCUGAUAUCCUGAAGACAAGUGUUUGCAUUGAUGAUUAGUAAACAGCAGCAUGUCACCAAUGUUUGUAGUCAUUUAAUGAGAAUUUGAGAUUUCCAUAGCAAACCUUAGUUGUUUGUAUAUCUUACUUUUGGGUCACUGGGAGAUUUUGGAAAGCAGAGUUUUCAUAUUCAGCUUAAUUUUCUUUUUCUUUGACAUGGAGAGUGUCAGCUAUUCCCAUAUUAUAUUUGAAAGAGCACUUAACAAAACCCUUUGAAUAUUUAGCCUUAAUACUGUAAAUAUAUAAAAUUUGUGUGUUUCCUGUAUAGUGAGGGAGGGAAGUAUUGCUUGAGUGGCUAAUGAUACAGCAUGUAACUUGACAAUAUAAAAUGAAAAGAGUUGUUAGGAUAAUAGACUAACAUUUUCAAUAAAAAUGACAUACUUUUAGAACUUGAA